AUGGCCAGCAAAAGACAUCAGGCCCUCACCCGGAACCUGCAACUUCUACUUCAUAAAGAAAGGUUAAGGUUGGUGAUGGGGGAGAUCACCCUGGAUCACCGGGGUGGGCCUUCAUCCACCCACAAGUGUCUCUACCAGAGAGAGAUCGGAUGGAUACCGCGCCCAGCGCCGGGGGGUGACGUGCGGGGAGCCGGGGCCCAGACUCCUGUGCCUUCCAGACUCCCUGACGGCCGACCGGCGCUGGGGCUGCUGGUGUGGGCCCUGAUCGCCGACACCCCGUACCACCUGUACCCGGCCUACGGCUGGGUGAUGUUCGUCGCUGUCUUCCUCUGGCUGGUGACAAUCGCCCUCUUCGUCCUCUACCUGUUUCAGCUGCACAUGAAGUUGUACAUGGUGCCCUGGCCGCUGGUGCUGAUGGCGUUUAACAUGGGCGCCGCCGUUCUCUACGUCACGGCCUUCAUCACCUGCUCCGCUUCGGUGGAGCAGACGUCCCUGAAGGGCACCCGGCAAUACAACCAGCGCGCAGCUGCCUCCUUCUUCUCGUGCUUAGUGAUGAUCGCCUACGGACUGAGCGCUUUCUUCAGCUUCCAGGCCUGGCGAGGAGUCGGCAGCAAUGCGGCCACCAGUCAGAUGGCUGGCGGCUAUGCCUAAACCCCUGACCACGGCCCACCGUGGGGCUGAAGGCUGCAGCCGGGUCAGCCCAGAAGGAAAGACACUUGCUCCUGUCUGACCGUCAGACGUGGGCUCACCCAACACUCCUAAGGCAUCCGAUCCUCCCUCCGGCUCGGCCCGGGUCGCCUGCGCGUGGGCUGGAGCGAGCCAGCAGCCGAGACUGCUCGUCCCCCUUAUUCAGCAGAAGGUGACGGGGGACACGGGCUUGCUGUCUGCUCCGAGGCGGGGCCCCACCUUCUCACCAGCACUAAGCACACUAACGAGGACCCCGGCCCUGCCGCCCCCACCCACCCUACGGUUAUAAGCCUAACCAGCAGCAUGUAUUUAUCGUCAUCACAGUCUCCGAUCCAGGAGCGCGGAGCAAGCUCAUGAAACCGUGCCGGGUCCUUAAAACACAAUUCCGACCUGACCCUCCCCCAAGCCAACAUGUCGCUGGAGACUUU